AUGUGUUUUUCAGAAAAGCCACAACUAAAAGAUGUGGAUUUGCAGAAAUGCCGAGAACAUCUGAAGAAACUUGUUUUAGGAUUGGACCCUAAACUGAUCUUACAAAUCGAGAGUAAAAGGAAGGAAAACUGUCUUCCUCGAAGAUCACCAAGACUACUGGAGCGCCAGAAGAACUCUGACAACGCGGUGAAAGAGAACUGCCAACAUGACCAAGGUUCAAGUGUGAUAGUUCCAUUGUCUAGAAAUUUGAAUGAGCACCUUGAGUUAUUGAACCAAAAUAUAAGCAGCUUUUUACGAGCUUCGGAGAGAAAUUCGAAAGAUCUUCUAGAAGUACAGAACAGCCUUUAUGAACUGCUCAAACGCGAAGUAAAGAACCGCCUGUUAGAUGUUGCAAGCGCAGUCCGAAUACGCACAACACAAGCAUGCGUGGAUAUAUUUUCAAGACAAGAGCUAGUACAAGUAAUACUACUUUUCACCACGGGCAGCAUAUGUUACCAGCAAGUAGAAAGUCCAGCUCCCCGUACACCGCAAGUUGUCUGUCAUAUUUUUUUCUAAAAGUAGGACCAGCCCGAAUAAUGACUGGACUGUACAUGUGGUUGGACAACGAAGUGCAUAUGCUGUGCGUUGAACCAGGGUCUUUAACCAACGUCUGUAUUCAGGCUCCUCUGCAUAUCCUUCUUGGAUAACUGCUGCAUCCAGCGCAGUUGUUUCAUUUCGCAGUCAAAUGCAUUCAUGAUUCAAUUGGGUUCAUCCGUAAUCCAAUCAAGUACAACCUUAAUAAAAACCAGUAUAUUUCAUAACACUUCCAAGUUGAAUCCACGUGAUGGUGCAUGAUAGUAAGCGCGUUUGAAUCAUCGUGUCUAGCCUUCAUCAUUCAGUAGAAUAUGAAAUACACACCCAAUUAUAUGUACUCUACAUGCG